UUUAGCAUUGGAAUUGGUUAAGAUAUCUUACUCAAGCCUACAAGAUGUAUUGAGCAGAAUGAGAGAUAGUGUGUCAAGAGAAGAGAGCGACGUAAAGGAGUGAGAACUGCUACCGUGCAGGUUCUGAAGCGGAGGCAAGAAAAGGAGAGCUAUCGGGCUCUUUUAUCACACACGUUUGAAACCUUUUUUUGAAAGGUUCUCAUCUCGGGAAAGAGGAAGAAGGAAGAAAAGUGAACGAAAGAGGCCAAAAUAGAAUCGUCCACCGAUGUUUGACCUAUUUGGACACGAGAGAGGAUAUCUGUUUCAUUUAUUUCACACUGGGAUGCGGAUUUUCCCCUCAUCUUUUCUUGACAGCGAGCUUUUGCCCCGCAUCGCUCGUAUCGUACGGAUAUAUACUGAGAAAAAAUUGAGAUGAAGUGGCCUUCGAAAGUAGUUUUUGACGGGGUAACCGCUCGCUAAGGUUUUAUUUUUUCUUUCAUUAAUCGCGUUCAACAGCGGGCGGGAAUUGAUGAGGCACGCGCUCAGUGCUUAUAAAAAAACGGCUGCCCAUUAAAGCUCAUCAUCAACCCAAAUAAAACACUAUCAGAAGAAACAAGACCAUUGAUUUUGUUGAACGGAAAACGCUGAGACAUAAAAAUCGUCGAGGUUUAAUAUCAGGUCUGUUCCCUGGCAUUUCAUACGGAGGGUUUAGUUGAAGAGUGGACAGGACUCUGUGAUGUGGAGUGCUGUUCCAGAGCUAAGUGCCCACUACUAGACUCACAUCCUUCUGAAAACUCAAGAUGGAUUAGAGCUUCACGCCUCCGGAGAUCAAAGGUGCAUGUGUGAAGGGGGACCCCCAGGGCUGGACCCAUGAGGAGUCAAAGAAGAUGCUCACAGCCUGGGCGCCUCUGCUCUUCUUAGCCAUGUGGGUGAGAAAUGCCACCAGUGGCCCGCUCUCAUUCAGAUUAGCUGCCAUUCUUGAUGACCCAAUGGAGUGUAGCCGCGGGGAGCGAUUGGCCAUCACUCUGGCGAAAGACAGCAUCAACCGUUCCAGCAACCGUUCCACCACAGGCAAACUGGAAGUGGACAUCUUUGAGCUGCUUAGAGACAGUGAAUACGAGACAGGAGAGACCAUGUGCCAAAUCAUGUCCAAGGGGGUGGUGGCAGUCCUGGGCCCCUCUGCCAGCCCGGCGUCCAACUCUAUCAUCAGUAAUAUCUGUGGGGAGAAAGAGGUGCCGUACGUGAAGGUGGCUCCAGAGGACAUACUGAAGGUACAGUUUCCUCGCUUUACUACGCUGGACCUAAGGCCCACAAACACAGACAUCAGCAUGGCUGUGGCAGGACUCCUAACCUUCUUCAACAGCAGCACGUCAUGUCUCAUUUGUGCUCAGGCCGAUUGCCUAUUAAACCUGGAGGUGUUAUUGCGACAGUUUCUCAUCUCCAAGGAAACCCUCUCAGUUCGCAUGCUUGAUGACAGCCAGGAUCCCACCCCCCUUCUCAAGGAGAUCCGCGAUGACAAGACUGCAACCAUCAUAGUGGAUGCGAACGUCACCAUGUCUCACAUUAUUUUGGAGAGGGCCUCUGAGUUGGGGAUGCUGUCAGUGUACUACACCUACAUCUUGACAUCCUUGGAAUUUUCACUGCUACAAUUGGAUGAUUUAGCUGAUCAACGGGUAAACAUCGUUGGGUUUUCGGUCUUCAAUAGGACACAUCCCUUCUUUAAGGACUUUGUCCUCAGUCUCAAUCGAUCCUGGCAGGAAAACUGUGAUCAUGCACCUUUUGCAGGGACACCGCUUUCAUCAGCAUUGAUGUUUGAUGCAGUACACACUGUGGUGGCAGCCGUGCAGGAACUGAACCGUAGCCAGAACGUAGGAGCCACUCAGCUCUCCUGCAAGUCCUCUAAGAUCUGGGAGCACGGCACCAGCCUGAUGAACUACCUGAGGAUGGUAGAGUUGGAAGGUCUAACAGGCCACAUCGAGUUCAAUAGCAAAGGCCAGCGCUCAAACUAUGCUCUCCGGAUCUUGCAGAACAGCAGGGAUGGCCUAAGGCAGAUUGGUCAGUGGCAUUCAGAGCUGGGACUGUCCAUGGAGAGGAAGCUUCCUUCACUCAACGUGACAGAUACACUAUUCAACACCACUCUCACCAUAACUACUAUACUGGAGAAUCCGUACGUAAUGCUGAGAACCAAUCACCAGGAACUAGAGGGGAACGAUCGCUAUGAAGGUUUCUGUGUUGACAUGCUGAAGGAGUUGGCAGAUAUCCUGAAGUUUAAGUACCGUAUUCGGCUCGUUGGGGACGGCGUGUAUGGGGUGCCUGGGGCCAAUGGCACCUGGACGGGUAUGGUGGGAGAGCUCAUCAGCAGGAAGGCUGACUUGGCUGUGGCCGCAUUGACCAUCACGGCUGAAAGGGAGAAGGUCAUUGAUUUCUCCAAACCCUUCAUGACUCUGGGGAUCAGCAUCAUGUACAGAAUGCACAUAGGAAGAAGACCAGGAUAUUUCUCCUUUUUGGAUCCUUUCUCUCCAGGGGUUUGGCUUUUCAUGUUGCUGGCAUACCUGGCAGUCAGCUGUGUGCUCUUUUUGGUGGCAAGGCUAACACCCUACGAAUGGUACAAUCCUCACCCUUGCCUGAAGGGGCGCUGUAGCCUGCUCAUCAACCAGUAUUCCCUGGGCAACAGUUUCUGGUUUCCUGUGGGGGGGUUCAUGCAACAAGGGUCAACCAUUGCCCCCAGAGCCCUGUCCACACGCUGUGUCAGUGGUGUAUGGUGGGCCUUCACCUUGAUCAUCAUCUCUUCCUACACAGCCAACCUGGCAGCUUUUCUCACUGUGCAGAGAAUGGAGGUGCCCAUUGAGUCAGUGGAUGAUCUGGCUGAUCAGACAGCCAUUGAAUAUGGCACCAUGCAUGGCGGCUCCACCAUGACCUUCUUCCAGAACUCCCGUUACCAGACGUACCAGCGCAUGUGGAAUUUCAUGUACUCCAAGCAGCCCAGUGUAUUUGUGAAGAGCACGGAAGAGGGCAUUGCCCGAGUCCUCAACUCCAAUUACGCCUAUCUGUUGGAGAGCACCAUGAAUGAGUAUUACCGCCAGCGCAACUGCAACCUCACCCAGAUCGGAGGCCUGCUAGACACCAAGGGCUAUGGCAUUGGCAUGCCUCUGGGCUCAGUCUAUAGAGAUGAGUUUGACAUGGCGAUACUCAAACUGCAGGAGGAAAACCGCCUAGAGAUUCUGAAGAGGAUAUGGUGGGAUGGUGGCAAGUGUCCAAAAGAGGAGAAUCAAAGAGCGAAAGGUUUAGGCAUGGAGAAUAUUGGUGGGAUCUUCGUGGUACUGGUGUGCGGUUUGCUGGUGGCUAUCUUCAUGGCUGUGCUGGAGUUUGUGUGGAUGCUGCAUCACACUCCAGGAACAGAGCUGUCUGUGUGCGAGGAGAUGCUACGAGAGCUGCAGGGCAUCAUGCUGUGUCAGGACAGCCUGCAGUUACGGCGCAGACGCAGAGCCAGCGUGCUGAGACCACAGCCAAUGCCCCUGGAUGAGCGGCGGGCACGGGCUGCGGCAGCGAGCCUCAGUAACGGCAAGCUUUGCACAGGCACAGGCCUACCCGAACCUCUCUCCCACAGACUGGCGCAGGAGGCUGCCUUGGUAGCGCGGGGUUGCAGUCACAUUCGCAUCUGCCCGGAGUGCCGGCGCUUUCAGGGCAUUCGAGUAUGCCCAGCCGGUCCCCCAGGACCCUCCCGCACCAACAGUGAGGAGAGUAUAGAGUGGGAGAAGGGCGCCAACAACAGUGAACAUGAAUAACCUCUUUGAGUCUAGUUUCCUUUGGACAGGUGUUAAACGCAGGCUGUGCAGGACCCGGGGCAUUCAGAUGGUGAUUACAAAAAUGUUUGCUCUAGAAAUCGGACUCUGGACUGACAAAUGCAAUGCUUCUUUCUGAUAACAGAGCUUAAUGAGGCACUUUUGAGAUGUUUGUGCUGCUCAACUCAGCCCCGGAGCUGUGUCUGGUCUCUGUACAUACUGUCCUUACUGCCCUCUACCAUGAACUGCUUUUGGGACACCCAGCAAAGGGGCUUUGUUCUAUGCGCAAAAUAUUUGUCUUACAGUGCUGUUGAUUUCUUUUUAAAUUAUUCCUCUUUUGUUGUGAUACCAGUAUACUACAGUUGCUAUUACACCUGUUUAGUUUUUUUCCUACAACACGGACAGAGUAUGCAUAGAGCGGACAUCUACAGAGAACAAGAAACAAAGACUCAAUCCACAAUUGUUCAAAAAUAACCUUUUUUUAGAGUGCCAAAAUACUUUGUAUUAAUUUUGUGCUGUUGCCGUCUCAUGGUCCCUAGGGGAUAACUACUAUGAGAACUGAACACAAAAACAACUAUGAUCUGUUUUUGAUAAUAGUGAUAUUCUAUUAAAAAGGUUUUUGAGAUGUUUCUGAAUGUCUGAUGUGCAUGUAAGAGGGUUUUAGAUGCUUUUGAAUGGGAUAUUUUUUUCUGUCUGAGAUUGAUUAUUUUUGUUUAUUUUACACUUUUCUUUUCAUUCUUUUGAUUCAGAUUCAUAUUGUUGCACUCCUUGGAUAUGAAAAUUGCACAGAGUUGUGUAAUAGUCGAAGAUUACACUUUCAUUCUAAGAAACUCAUUAUAAAAGUAAUUUGGAUACCUAUUUUAAAAUUUCCAAUGGCUUCUUCAGAAUACAGGCCGAACUUUUGGGUCGAAACUAGUUUGUUUACUGCAUAUCAUUGAAAAACAUGUGAGCAAAUCAGGAAAGGAUUCCUAACAGAGCCAGAGUGAGAUCUGAACUCAGAUCAUCAGAUGAUUUCAGUUCUGUCCAGGUUUUACAUUCGUCUGUACCACUCAGUACACAAUGAAAUCAGCUCUAUACCAACAGGGUCACUCCAUUAUAAGACAUAGGAGAAGUAGUAAAUUCAGGUAUUUCUUUUUAUAUAUUACAUAACGUCUUAUCAUGCAACUUUAAUGUUGUUUUCAUUAGUUUUCAACCAGAAAUUUUAUUUAUGUAAUGUCUUGGUUUUAUCCUUUGUUUUUUUUAAAGAAAGACACAUUUUUAAAGGUUAUAAAAUGGAUGAUUCAACAAAAACCAUUAUAGUGAUAUAUGAACAUACCACAGUCAUGCAGAAUUUGGAUACCGAAAUGAAAUUAUUUUAUCAGGCAUGAUGUUACCCUCAACUUGCAGUGCCAAAUUGUAAUAAAUUGCCUUCACAUUUUGGAGAGCCAAUAGAGGUUACCAUCCAUGUUGAUUUUUUUGUGCAUUUCUAUUGAACGAAAUCCAUUUCUACAUAAUAUUUCAAUAUGGUGUUAGUGCCUGAUGAAAAU